CAUAACCCAGCGUGUCUUUUAGAAGUACUGCUUUUGGGUCUACUUAGAAAGAAGUUGUCUACGCUGGCUUCACAUUGACGAAUUUUGUCACACGAUGACAGGGAAUCUUAGCAGGUGCAACUCCGUCCUCAUAACAGGAGCCAGUCGAGGACUAGGUUUGCAAAUGGUGAAGGACUUAGUAAAACGGAACGAGAGGCCGAAGAAAAUCAUAGCAACUGCGAGGAAUCCAGCCACAGCCAAGGAGCUACAAGAAAUCACCAGAUCAAUCCCUGGAGUUCACGUAAUCGCCCUGGAUGUUGUUAGUGAAUCAAGCAUACACUCAGCUUCUGAAGAAGUUGCUUCCAUCGUGGGAAAGGAGGGAUUAAACUGCCUGAUAAACAAUGCAGCCAUCAACAUCUCCACUGACCUGAACACUGUGACCAUGGAGGCAAUGAUGAAGACCUUCGAGAGCAAUGCUGUUGCCCCUCUCAUAGUCACCAAGGCCUUUCUACCACAUUUACAAGCAGCGGCAGGACAAAACUCUGGGAUGGGUGUGCACAGGGCAGCCGUCAUCAACAUUUCUUCCAUCUUGGGAUCUAUUCAACUGAACUGGGGAGAUGGAGCCCAGUUUAAAAGCUAUGCCUACAGAACAUCCAAGUCAGCGUUAAACAUGAUCACAAGAUGUCUGGCCACAGAUCUAGAAGCUGAAGGUAUUCUGUGCCUGGCGUUACAUCCCGGAUGGGUGCGCACCGACAUGGGGGGCCCGCAGGCAACACUCACCCCAGAGGAGAGUAUAUCUUCACUUCUAUCAGUGAUUUCCUCAUUGACUGGAAAAGAUCAUGGGGGAUACAUGGACUAUUCAGGAAACAAACUACCAUGGUGAUUGUCCUACACAUGGAACGAGUAACUCCCGAUUUGCUCCCUACAUUGGACAGUUAUUUUUGGAUGGUUAGUAGAGGUGGGCUAGAUUGUCAUGAAGAGUUAACAAGACACUUGAUGGAGGACCUGUUUUUCAAGUACGGUACAGCUGUCUUGUUUUGUUUUAUCUUCUUUAAACAUCAAAUUUAAUCUGAAAUGUCAUCUGAGUUUUUUAAGGCUUAUGUGUGAAACGACAUGCUCAUAGGAGCCAUUACAACCCUCCUUCCUACUUCACAUGAUGCUCUACCAGAGACAUGUCCAUAUCUACAGUAUACUGUACCAACUAGGUCUCGCCAGAGACAUGUCCAUAUCUAUACUGUACCAGCUAGGUCUCGCCAGAGACAUGUCCAUAUCUACAGUAUACUGUACCAACUAGGUCUCGCCAUAGACAUGUCCAUAUCUAUACUGUACCAACUAGGUCUCGCCAGAGACAUGUCCAUAUCUAUACUGUACCAACUAGGUCUCGCCAGAGACAUGUCCAUAUCUAUACUGUACCAACUAGGUCUCGCCAGAGACAUGUCCAUAUCUAUACUGUACCAACUAGGUCUCGCCAGUCACAUAUGGAUAUCAUUUGGAAAGGUUAUUGCCCACGUUUCUCCAUAGUAUGACAAUGUCAAUUUGAGUAUCUUCAUCUAUAUUUUUAAUAUGAAUAUGUAGUCCCACAAAAACCCAUGAUGCCUAACCACCCUUUUUGUACAUUUUAAGUACCAUGUAUUGAUACAGUAUUGUUUGUUAUUACACUAUGUUCUUUACAAUAAAUUAAACUGUGGACCAUGCCAAAUA